AACACAUUCUCUCCACUACCCCGGAUUCUAUUCAAUACAGCCCAGGAAUCUCAGAUAUUGGUCUCCUCGCUUCUGACGUAUCCUUCAGCCACCGCUCUAAUUGCUACAUGCAGAAAGCUUCCAGGCGGUCGACUCGGUCGCGAAUAUCCAAGGCUUGCGACCGUUGUCGUCGACAGAAGCUCAAGUGUGACUCAGUUCGUCCGUGUGUACUAUGCACUCGUGCUGGUCACAAAUGCGAGACAACCACUGCAUCAUGUCGUCGUGUUUCUGAAUAUCAGGCACCGGCCACCCCAGCGGCUUCCGCCGGAUCUGAUACACCGCAGGCCUUACCGAGAAGAGCGUCCGAGGACCUUCAACAAUAUGCAACUGGUACUUCGGCGAUUGGUUUUGCCAGGCAGGUUUAUAACGAGGAGGAGACAGGCCGGACCUUGACUGAAGCUGCUGUGCCGGGUGAUGUUGGCAUGGUGGGUGCUGAUAACUCACUAUGGGGUCUGAAAGAGACACCCAUGCCCCCAACGACUGUGAUGCUUGCAUUGAUCAACGCCUACUUUGAUCGAAUGCAGUGGUUUAUUUUGGUACUCCACGAGCCGUCAUUUAGAGAAAUGGCCCAGCCAAUCAUCUGUCAGCAUCAAUGGCAACGCCGGGAUCUUGGUGCGGUCAUGACGGUGCUUGCUGUCGCUGUCAUCAGCUUACAAUCAGUCCUCCCUGACGCAGAUUGGCCUGGUCAUAUUCUUCUAUCCAGGCACUCAAUUGAUGCCCAGGAUUUGCUGAGCAAAUUUCUGACAGAGAUUCGUUCCCGUGUGCUUGACAUCUUGGAGGACCGCCGUAUAGAAGGGGUGCAAGUCUGUCUUCUACUCUGUUGCUAUUACAUGUUCCACAGCUCUCCAAAUAUGGCCUGGACCACGUGUGGCAUGGCUUUCAGAGCUGCGUAUGCUCUCAAUCUUCAAGAAACAAGCACAUCGUCGCUGCCUUCUAUCGCUAAUGAGACACGCUCUCGUUGCUGGAACCAGAUCAUCAUUUCGGAUACAUUUUGCUCGAUUCUCUAUGGGCGCCCUGCUUCUCUGCCUUCGGCCAACGUUCGUCAUCUACAGCUCGUCGACGACCUGGUCUUUGACCACUCCCUGCUAAGUAAUCUAUCAGUGGAGAAUAGCGACGGAAUAACGUCGCGCGCCCCAUUUCACGUCUUAAAGACAGAUGUGUAUGCGAUCGCUCGCGAAAUUCUUAUCCGCUUCCGUCGACUUGACCUGACAUCUGGAAUAGAGGAACAGAACUUGGAAGCUAUCAUUCGUAUUACCGAGGAGUCGAACGCUCUUCUCACUGACUGGUGGAAAGCCGUCCCGAAAUUAUAUGACUUUGACUAUUGGAAAGCAGAUGGUCGCUGGGAGACCGUUGAAGGGCAGCUGCAAACGCUUCCGCCUCAAGCAAGGCAGCAGGUGGAGACAAUCUAUCUACAGGCUGCUGUUCUUCAAUUGACGUACGAUGGCAUGGUCAUACAAGCAAAUAGACCGCUUUUGGAGCGAAGAAUCAACAGGCUAACAUCUUCGCGGGCGAUCAUGGAUGCGAUGCAUAGGGCGCUAGACCGAGCCACAGCUGCUGCCCUUCGCAUAUCUCGCGUGCCAGUUCACACAUUAAAGAAUCACUUCGCUAUAGCAGUUGUAUCCAUGACAAAAUUUACUGCUGGUGUGAUACUCUGCAUACCUCCAACUGUGAAACCUUUAACGGCCACCGCUCACGAGGCAAAGGAUGGGGUGGUAAGAAUAAUUCGCGCUAGUCGAAGUCUCAAGAGCCAUGAUCGAAUAGCAAGGCAAACUGAACAGCUUCUGACGGAGCUGCUGAAAGUUACCACUCAGCGCGAGAUAACACAUGCCUUGGCUGAUAAUAUCGAAACACAUUGCCCUUCUGAUACGCGAUUAACUGGUUCUGGGGUGGACGGCCCUUCGAAUGACUCCUUGAGUGCCGGGCGCUCCAGGACAAUUCACGGACCCGCAGCGCAGGCCGCUGUAGACCCUGUCCAAGGUUCCUGGGACACAGACUAUAAUGCGCCCCCUGCCGUAAUGGGACCAUAUGAUUUCCUCCCUGCCCAGGCCUUCCAACAGCUGGACGAUACAUUUGGUGCAUUUGGAGAAUCCAUGUUUAACUUGGUCCCUGAUGAUCAAAACAGUACGUGGAACUGGGGCCGAACAUUUCCCUAGUCAAAAGAGCGGGAGGGAGUCAAUGUGAUCUGUACAGCCUUGUAGCUCGUUGAUAUCUCCUGAGGCCAAGCUAAAGUCUAGAGAGGAAGGUGGAAGGGCAAGCAUCGCGAUAGUUGAACUGCUAUUUAGUAUGCUCACAUGUAUCCACAUAGAAUGCUUAUGUCCACAGUAGCAACAAUGUCCGCGGCGUUCAAUGGUAUGUGGCAAGCCGCCGGAUAAUAGGGGUCACGGGAUCCAUGGGUUGGUGUGAUAGUUCCGGUGGCUGUCUUUCCGGUGGAGAUAACGGCGGUGAUCACCAAAACUCCUGAGCCCGGAAUACUCGGACUCCGCAUCGUCAAGUUUCUAUUUCACAACAGCCAUUCGACUACUUAGAAGACGCAUGAGACAAUUUCGCUCGAUCAAUAUGCUUAAAGAAUGGUUUCUCAAAGCUCAAUGG